UUACCGGCUGAAUCAUCGCCUUCCUUUCCCUAUGCUAACUUUCUCCUCAACUCGGGUCUGCAUCAGUUAGUUAGCAAGCCUACUAGAUUUCGCUCUGGCCAGGUGCCUUCACUUCUGGACCUGCUAAUCGUUUCCGACGUUAACCUUACUUCGGAGAUAUCUCAUCUACCGCCGUUCGGUAAGUCCGAUCACGCAGUGUUAUCAACGGAGCUUCAGCUUGUUUGCUCACCCACCGCUCCCAAACAUAUUAGAACUUCAAGGAAAACCAACUACCAGAGACUCUCCGAAAAACUGCUAUCAUACAGUUGGAAUGAUCUCUUGCCCGAAUCCGAUGACAUUGAUAGGAUGUGGUCAACCUUUUCAAGAAUCCUUGACGAGUCGUUAUCGGCUUGCUCGGAGGACAUACAUAUCAAGCAGAUUCCCUCAAGACCCUGGAUAAACAGUCAUCUGCUGGGGAUGUUACGGCGCAAAAAAUCCUUGUGGCAGCGGUAUUUGAGAGAUAGAUCAGCUCGAAGCUAUGACGAUCAUCGGUCAUUCUCCAACUUUUUGUCCUCUACAAUCCAGAAGACGAGAUCUGAUUACGAGAGAAAUCUGACGAUGAAAAGUAACAGAAAGAAGUUUUUUAAGUACGUUCGAUCCCACAUGAACGCAAAAAUCAGUGUCCCUAUUGUGAAAAAUUCAUCUGGAGUUGUAAGUGCGUCACCGGCCGAAUCGGCUGAUAUUCUAGCGAGUCAUUUCUCAUCGGCAUUUGUGGAUGAACCUCAGGGCGCUAUCCCCUCGAUGCAUACCGCCCGAACAACAUCUUGCUUAGAUGACAUAACCAUCACUAGAAACAUGGUGGAAAGAUAUCUUUCUAAUUGUAGGGAAGGUUCGUCACCUGGUCCUGAUGGGAUAUCCACAUCGAUACUUCGACGUUGCGCACAAGCCUUAUCCGAGCCUUUGUGCAUUAUAUUUAGAAGAUCUCUAUCGACAUCCAGUAUUCCCAAGCCUUGGUCAUCUGCUUUGAUAACACCUAUCUUCAAGGGUGGGGACAAACUGUCAGCUUGCAAUUACCGCCCAAUAAGCCUCCUGUCGACAGUUUCCAAAGUACUGGAGAAAAUAAUCAGCGACCAGGUACUUGAGUUUGCAUCACAAAAUAACUUGAUCCCCAAGGAGCAACAUGGUUUUCUGCCCCGGAGGUCAACACUCACUAACUUGCUCACUUGUAUUGAUGACUGGAGUAGGGCACUUGACAUGGGCAUUCCAAUGGAUGUGGUGUAUCUCGACUUCGCGAAGGCCUUUGACAGAGUCCCUCAUCGGCGUCUUCUGCAUAAGUUGGAACACAUGGGGAUCCGGGGGAGACUACUGGAGUGGUUCCGAUCUUUUUUGUCGGAUAGGUCAUUUCGUGUACGAGUUGGUGGUGAUCUGUCUACGUCCGCGAAAACUGUUAAGAGUGGUGUCCCACAAGGCUCGGUUCUGGGCCCACUUCUUUUUAUUUUAUAUACAGCCGAUUUACCUGCAUCAAUUAGAUCUCGAUAAUCUAAGCAGUUGGUGCCAGAGGUGGAUGAUGCCCCUGAAUUUGAGCAAAUGCUGUGUUAUGCACAUAGCAAAGAACAACCCUCGGGCCCCCUAUUACAUCGAUGGGGUAAGACUUGGCACAGUGACUCGCCACUUGGAUCUCGGUGUGACUAUAGCGGAAGAUUUGAGCUGGUCGGACCACAUCGCGUCAGUAUCAACAAAGGCCAGACAGAUGAUCUACCUCUUCAGCAAGGCAUUCCCAAACACUGAUGUUGUCUCCUGGGGCAUGAUUUAUAAAUCUUAUAUUCGACCGAUAAUGGAGUAUGCUGGUCCGGCUUGGUGGACUUCUUUGCGAGGCGAGGUGGAUGGGUUGGAGUCUGUUCAGAGAUGGUGCACCAGAAUUCCCUACGGUGUUAGGAGACCUGACUACGCAACAAGGUUGAGAGUGCUCGAUAUGCCCACAUUUGAACAACGACGUGCGAGAGGCGACUUAAUAUUCUCCUACAGAGCGGUCCAUGGUCACUUUGGUCCGGAUAUUAUGAAUAUGUACCGUAUGAACACGAACAAUCUACGGGGCCAUGGAUUUAAGCUCGCGAAGGAAAAAUUCAGGACUACCCAGAGGCAAAUGUUUCUGUCAAACCGAGUGUUCAAUGUUUGGAACUCCUUGCCUGAAACCGUCGUAGAAUCGUCUUCAGUGAAUGGAUUCAAGAACAGCUUUGACAGAUGGGUGACCUCGUCGAGAUGACGGUGUUUCUAUAAU